AAUAUUAGAUGGCUCUGAUAGCAACAGUAGAUGGCUUCUGUAGCAGUAGCAGAUCACUCUGGCAACAGCAAUAGAGCAGAUGGAUACAGCAGCAGCAAAGUAGAUGCAUCCAGUCGCAGCAGAGUAGAUGGCUUCGGCAGUUGGAUCUGGUAGCAACAGAAUAGAUGGAUCCGGCAGCAGCAAAGUAGAUGCAUCUAGUAGUAGCAGAGCAGAUUGCUUCGGCAGCAGCAAAGAAGAUGGAUUCGGCAACAGUAGCAGCAGCAAAGAAGAUGGAUUUGGUAGUAGCAGCAGCAGCAACAGAGCAGAUGGAUCUAGCAACAGUAGAGUAGAUGGCUUCAGUAGUCGCAAAGUAAAUGUCUUCGGUAGCAGUAGCAGAGCAUAUGGAUCCGACAAUAGCAGAGGAGAUGGAUUCGACAGCAAGCUUCGACAGUAGCUACAGCAGAGGAAACCAAGAAGGUGAGAUGAGGGUGAGAGAUGGGUGAGCCGCAGACAAAGAUUGAGAGUGAGACCGUGAGUGAUUGAUGAGAAUUAAAAUAAAUUAGGGUUAGGGUUAAAUGUAGGGGAAUGGGUUGGGUUGGGUUGGGUUGGAUAGUAUUGGGUUAAGUUUAAUUGUAAUUGGAUUGGAUUUGGGUUUGGGUUUGGGUUUGGGUUUAGGUUUGAGUUUAAAGAAUAAAUUAAUUUUAAAAUA